AUGGACUUUGUGCUCCUACUUGUUCUUCUUGUAGCCACAGUCCAAGUGAGGGCGAAACUGUUCGAAGAACGUGUGGAAGGACAGAAGAUCGAAACAGAUACAAAAGUGUUCGAGAUAGACAAAAAGAAGUUACAACAGUAUUGGCAGUAUGCAACAACCAUGGCUCUUAUCAAGGCGCAUACCCGCUCUGCACUAGAAGAACUUCCACGAAUCGAACGAAUUGUAUUCGAAGAGUGUGCAAGAGACUCCUCUACAGUGGUUGCAGUAUCAAAGUGUGCAGUCAAAGUUCUAGACGCUAGAGAAAAUGCAAAACUCUAUACCACAACUAGACCUCCACCUAGACUAUCAUUUCAAGAUUUGCCUCGUCCACUUAUCAAACAAAUUUAUGUUUCACCGUCACGUACUUACGUGGAGAAAAAGUAUCAGAUGCCCGAAGCGAGUCAGAAAAUUACAUCGUCAAACCUCUACUAUAGUUCCAUACACCAUCAGUGGGUUCAAAAUCCGAUUCGUCGACAAAUGCAAAGCAGAAGAAGAAGAUUUAAGAGAAGAGAUGAGAUGAUGGAAGCUUACGACUUGUUUUUAGAAGAGCAGAGGAAUUUGAAGAAAGCUGAAAAUGCGUUGAAAAAAGUCAUUGAAGAUCCAGUCGAACGGAAUAUGUUUGGACUACCAAGACACAUGUCGAUGCCAAGAUCGAAACGAGAUAUUCAAGAACCAGUCCAGCCAGAACAAAAUGUGACAGCUACGAGGCCAGCGAUAGACUUGCCAAAACUUGCUUCCAAAUACUUUCAGCGAAUAGUCGAAGGACCGACUGGCCAACGUGAUCAUUUGGCUAACAUCCGCCGUAUUCGAAAUCACUAUCUUCGUGUUGAGAAAUGCAAUGGCUAUUUCAAAUUGAUGAACGAUGAAAACAAAAAAGUCUUUGACCAAUUGAAACUGCCUAUCAAUAGUGAAGCUCCAAAAAUUGAAAAUGAGAAUGAUGCAUUCCAAAAAAUUGUGGACAUUGUCAAUCAAUUCUCUGCUUCUGAAGUUGGACAGAAAAAGUUUUCGUUCUUAUCUCCUCGCAUAUUUUCAAUAAUGCCAGAGGGAAAACCAAAGAACCGGUUUCUAUCUCCAACCCUUCUCUCGUUUCAAAAAGAUGGAUUCUUCUCGUUACCAGACAUUUUUGAUAUUGUUUCCUCUAAUCAGAGAUACCAGCAAUUAAUGUUAGAAGCUAUUUUGGACUUGAGUGGUGCUGGUAUGGCAAUGGAAGAGCUUCUUGCAAAAAUAGAACCAGAAAUGCAGUUCAUGGAACAAGUACAGUACCCCAUGGUUCAGAAAAUGAGUCGACAAGAUAUAAAUUGGCUGAAAGCACGACAGCUGUUCACUGAAAGUCAAUCAGCUGAGUAUAAGAAAAAUGGAUUCGCACAUCUCACAGAAGAUCAAAUUCGAUUAGUGUAUGCUGAUGAUCCAUCGAGCUACAUUCCAAUUACCAACAUGACUAGACCGGAGAGAGAUGCUAGAAUAGAAACUGCAAUAAGAAAACUAGCAGCUGAAGGGAGACCUCAAUGGCCAUAUUGGAAUGGUUCUGGUAAACGAAUGAAAAGAGCUGGAGGUGGGGACACAGAUGGAGGAGAUAAUAUACCAAAUUAUCCGGAAGGAGAACAUAUUGGUGAUGUUGAGUUUAUGGUGUUGAAGCCACAUGCGUUUGCCAAUCUGAUCAAUUUUGGUGUAUCGAUGGAAGCAAUGGUUCUCUCACCACAUGCAUUUGUUUCGGAAAUUAUGAGGCCCGAAGCUCUAAAACUGGAUGUUCUGUCUCCUCGUGCGUUCAUUGCAACUGUACUUUCCCCAUCUGCACUAAUUGCAAGAAUCCUCUCUCCAACAGCUUUCCGUGCAGAAGUACUCUCCCCAAGAGCAUUGACUGCAUGGGUGUUAUCUCCAGAAGCGUUGAUUGCUGAAGUCUUAACACCCAGAUUCCUGGAACCAAGAGUUCUCUCUCCAGAAGCAUUGGUCAUUGAUGUUCUCAGUCCCGGUAUCCUCGCUCCUCACGUUCUAUCUUCAGAAACUAUUGGUGUGAUGAUAUUGAGUCCGAAUAUCUUAUCACCCAGAAUUGCUAGUGACGAAAAGUUUUUAGUCGAGGUUCUCUCCCCUCAUAUUCUGGGUGGCCCACAUAGUGAAGAAGAAGAGCACAGCAAUAUUGAAAUCGGGUCAGGCUCUCAUGAAGGGCAUUCUCACUCUCACAAGAACGAGCACAAGGCCACAAAUCAUUCGAACCAUCAUCAAUUACAUCGCUCUAUCUUCCACCAUGGUGCACCUACAUCCAUAAGAUCUCAAUCUCAAGUACCCCACAAUCCGUUUUUAUCAAGAUUCAAGAAACGUUGA